AUGGCAUUAUUCAAAGGUUCUAAUGUUGUAAUUUGUUUCAUUAUUUUGGCCUUUGUUUUACCUUAUUGUGAUGGCCAAAAUUCCCAAACAGACUAUCUCUACACUCAUAAUUCAGCUCGAUCUCAAGUAACUGGUGUUAGUGCAAUAACAUGGAACACAACUAUUGAAGCUUAUGCACAAAAUUAUGCGAAUCAAAGAAUUAAUGAUUGCAAUCUUGUCCACUCCAAUGGUCCUUACGGAGAAAAUAUUGCUAAGGGGAGUGGUUCUUUCACCGGCACUGCUGCUGUUGACUUGUGGGUGGCUGAGAAACUGUACUACGACUACACUAGUAAUAGUUGCACCGGUGUACAUGAAUGUCGACAUUAUACUCAAGUUAUCUGGAAAAACUCGAUUCAACUUGGUUGUGCUCGAGUUCAGUGUACCAAUAAUAACUGGUGGUUUGUUAUAUGCAACUAUAAUCCUCCAGGCAAUUACAUUGGUCAACGCCCAUACUAA